AUGGAUGGGGCCGACGCGAACCAGACAAAGCCAGAGCCUAUGUGCCAGAACAACAGACUCCGACGGUCGAAUCGCACCGUAGCCAUGACAAGGAACGAUCAAGUCGAGCGCGCAACGUUGAGGCUCAAUCUAGACCUGCCAUGCCCGCUGAGCGAAGUGGCCAACCACACGCCGCACAUCCCGGUUAGAGACAUGUGCGCCUGGGUCGACCGCCCGGUCGAGACACGCCACCAGGAGGCUCUACAACGGCAUGGCAGGAUUCCACGUCCGAUGAAUUCAUUCAUGCUGUACCGGCUGGCGUACAGUGAUCGAGCGAAGUACUGGCUCGCCCACGAUGAUCAUCAGGCCAUCUCCAUCCUCACCGGACGGAGCUGGAAGAUGGAACCCCCCAACAUCCGUAAGCAGUACAAGACGCUCGCGGUGAUAGAGAAACAAAAGCAUGCUGGAGCGCACCCGGAAUAUCGGUUCUCGCCAUCAAACAAGAAGAAACGAUCGCGGACUGCAAGAGCCCGUUCUCAGAAAUUGGUGUUGCGUUUGGAGGCGUUCCCUAAAGUGUCCCGAACCUCUCAGCCUCACGCUGGGUCUACUUCGUUGAACAAUGACCGCGUCAGUGGACCCUCCACAGAGCCAUUUCUUGCAGAUGAGGAGACCCUUAUCCAAACCAACCCAUCGAAUCCAGCUGUUUUUGGAUCAUUGCAAAGUGCCGCCUCAAUGUGGUGGCAGGAGAUAAUCUACUCUCAGAUGGCCUCUGCUGGGCAAGUCUCCGCUGGCACCCAACCUUGUGUCCCUGUCGUCACGGGGCAACCGGGGAUACCGGACUCUUCUUGCUUUGUUCCCCAAUCUGGAUGCCCUGGGCUCGAAGCUGGCAACGGUUAG